ACAGGUUUUAUCAAAGGCUUGUAAAGUUGUCCCAGUAAUGUUAAUGGGUACCUUCAUUCAGCGGCGCUCAUACUCGCUUUCCGAAUACUUGACUGCCGGUAUGAUUAGUUUCGGCCUCAGUCUCUUUCUUCUAAGCGAUCCGGAGAAAGAAUCAAAUCAGCGUCCAACAUCCGUUGAUUAUGUGAACUCUAUCAGCGGAACCUUCCUGAUCAUCUCCUAUGUGCUACUAGACUCAUUCACAUCCAAUUGGCAGGACAGACUAUUCCAGAAAUAUGCGCUAUCUUCUGUACAGGUCAUGGCAGCCGUCAAUUUAUGGUCUGUUUUGCUCACUCUUAUCCCGCUUGUUCAACAAGGUGAUCUGUUGUCAUCCAUCCGAUUCGGAUUCGUACAUCCAGAGUUCAACCUGGAUGUUCUGUUGUCCGCCGUAUGCUCUGCAACCGGACAGCUAUUCAUCUUUCUCACCAUCCAGAAUUUCGGUCCUGCAUCUUUUGUACUCAUCAUGACUUUAAGAAUGGCCUUAUCAAUUUUGGUCUCAUGUCUUUUAUUUUCCCAUCCUUUGUCGCCGAUGGGUAUUUUUGGUGUGAUCUUGGUUUUUAUCGCCCUAUUUUUCCGCAUGCACUUACGAUCCAAACACGCUGGUAACAGUUCACUUAGACAGCCCGUGGUACCUCCUUUUUCACCUCGAAAAGAAGAAAAAGCAACCAGUCAUGGUGGUAACUAGACAGAGGACGCCUCUCAAUUGUCCCAAAGCAUAACUGUGAUAUGCCUUCCGUUUAUGUUUUUGACGUGUCACCUUUUAGCUGUCUUUGCAGGUGCUUUAUCGCUCAAUAUCUUCCAAAUACUAUUUCUUGUUUGACGAAAGUUUUGCCCGUUACGGAAUGGACACCCCAAACCGCCAAAAUCUCUUGAUCAUUUAAGGAGAUUACUUUGAGGAUUCCUUGAUAAGAAUGUUAAAUCUCUGUGUCCGUACUCCCUUCGGUGACCACAUAGUAAUGACAUCUUCCGGCAAGUUUUCA